AUGGACUCUACAGUUGCAUGUCACUUGCAUAACCCGACCUUCUAUGUCAAGGACCCUGACUCGCAGGAAACGGAUAAUGACUCAAAUCCUUCGAUACGACAACUGCACCAAGCAGGUUUUUCCUCGAAGAAUUGUCUCCUUUUUGACGAUAUCUGUCGACGAGACCGGACCGAAGAUGUCGAAGCGUUUUACAAUGAGAACCUGAUCCGUACACACCGAGAGUUCACGUUUUCAGUGCGAAAAGCUAUGAGCGCAAAAGUGGAGCUAUGGGGCGAGUACAAAGGAGUGGAGCUUUUCCUAGAGAUAGAGAAAAGCGCCGCCGUAAGAUUGGUUCUGUUCGUUUACCAUCCGCAAUUCUUUUUUUAUCAUGGACAGACCUCAGAAAGUGCUCUCCGAUUCAGAAAAAAAUUUGGUAGAAGACAGGAUCUGCAUCUGUCUGUUGCAGGCAAGUUAGGUGGGAUCCAGAUAACGCCAAAUUUCUACGAAAGCAGGCAUAUACCUCAUCACUACGGGCAAUUCGACAAUGCCAGUAAUCAUCUGGUCAAGCGGCUGGAGAAAGAAGCAGACUAUCAGCUUCGCGUGGCAUUUCCGGAGCAACACAAGAAGAUUGAGGCAGGCAUUAAGUCCCUCGUCGAGAAAGUCAAGAUCGAUAGGCCAAUAACCGCUGUGCCAGCUUCCGGAUUGACUACGUAUCAAUUGCUUUCGGGGGACAAUCAAGAGUAUCUGCGGCGGGAGAGGAUGUUCAAACAUAUGACAGCGAGCCUCAUCAGUGCGAUUCAGCAGAGCUUCGAUGGAAUCCUUUCUUUACGAACUACCGCCGACGAAAAGUGCUUGCCAUCACUAUUGUCUGACUGGAUUGAGGUCGAUGAGAUCGAUCAGAUACCCCGAAAUCUGCUUUUGUGGAUUCAGAGUCAAGAUGGUUUAAAAAUUGACCGAAAUCCCAUCUCCUCGACAGAUGACUUACUUCUCGCAUAUCAGCUGUUGUCGCCACUCAAGCAAGAAUCUAGACAGCUGAGUCUGAUCGAGAUGUCCAUCAAGGUGGCGACAUGGUACCUCUCGAAGGCAAAGAAACACAGAUGGAACAGCGUUCAAAGUCUCAUCUUCCCAGCUGUCUCACCAUAUAAUAUUAUGCGCCGAAAGUGUUUCAGGUGUGGGGAGCGAGUCCUAGACGACCCUUUGGCUUGUUUCGCCGUUGCAGAUGCCACAAAAUAUGUUACUUGGUAUCGCAGUGGGGGCUGCGGCCGUCCAGAAUGUCAAGUCCUUGGAAAUGCCGAACUCGUCCCGGCGAGUGCUUUCCAGGAAUAUCGGAUGGCAAGACAAGAAACGUUGCAGUGUCUGAGAUCGGCUGAUUGGAAAGACUAUCUGUUGAUUAGUCCGCUGGAGACAUUAGGCUAUCUUCCACAAACUGUCGAAACUUGCUGCUCUAAAUGUCAGGAGAGGUGGCUCGACAUGCGGCCGCGUUGGACGACUGAGAAGUCCAGCCGAUAUGUGAAACGAGUGCGAAAAUGCACAAAGUGCAGCGAACAGUCUUCUUUUGCCCCGAAGGAUCCCACUGUCACAAGCAUGGCACAGAGUUACUGCUCGAAGAGCGGCAAUGUUUAUGAUAAAACAAGCUUACGGGCCGCCUUUGAGGGUGCACACGGCGUCUUCGCCAUGACCAGUGAACGGCACCCUGGUAAACGUAUUACCGAGGAGGAAGAGAUGAAACACGAGAUCGAUGCAGGGCGUAACAUCAUUUUCGCUGCAAAGGAGUGCGGUAUCAAGCAUUUCGUGUUUAGCAGCUUACCUGAUACUAUCAAAGCCAGCAACGGCCAGUUUAAACGGAUCUAUCACAUGAACAACAAGCAUUCUAUCGAGCAAUUAGCAAGAAAGGAGCUUGAUGGCUUUACCGCCUUGAUUCCUGGUGUUGAAAAUACAAAAGGGAAAACUUAUCUCGCUUUGGGUCCUGGGAUCUCUCCCGAAGGCAUGGCCGAAGUUUUCACGCGCGUGACUGGAAUUCCGGCUGUUCAUUCUCCGAUCUCGUUUGAGGAGUUUGGUAAUUUGAGCUCUGCGCUCGUUGGCCCGGCAUUCAAGGAAGAUGCCAUUGAAAUGAUGCAAUGGGCUGCUAUAGCUCCAGAUGACAAGAUCUGCUAUGGCGCCCUUGAGCCUGAGGCUGAAAAGUCUAGCGAGGAGCUAGCUCUUACUGCUAGCUCUUUUGAAGACUGGCUGAGGCGUAGUCGAUGGACUGGUCCUUAG